CUGCAAAUGAGAUUUUAGUGAGGAAGUGACCCAGUGCGUGGUGGAAACAUCACCUUGCUGAAGCAGAGCCGCCAUGUCGACCACAAGUUCCACCGCUUUGUUCUUAUUCUUCAUUACUAUCUGCACAUUUUCAUCUAAAUGUUUGGUGCAAGUGAGAAAUUCAAGAGCUCCAGUAUUGAGAACAGAGAACCAGCCAUUGACCCUCAAAUGCACAGCAGAGUACGAUGAACAGCAUUUUAGAAGCAUCGUGGUCUCAUGGUGUUUUAAACCUACUAUCAGCACCUCAACAAUAAAUUGCCAGCCACUUAUCGAUCCUGACCUUUACUCACUCCAUAUCAACGAAAGUAAAAUUAGUGAAAAAAGGCAACGAGAUGCUUUCAUUACAUUUGAACAGCUGACUCUCAGUAACACUGGAUUUUAUCAGUGUAAGGCCAAAUGUAGUGCAACCGGAACCUCAGCUAUAGGCCAUGUCAUCAAUGUCACCGUCACAGGUGAUCCUAAUAAAGGUCAGAAGAUUCCGAGCUGCUGUAACCGAUGUGAUGUAAAUAUGAUUCUACUGACAAUCAGUGUCAUUUUUUGGACCAUAAAAUGCCCCUAUUUCACCAAGUGAGACUGUGACUGACACACAGCUGCCAUAUGGGCCUUUUUGGUUUGAUACUAUUAGUGCAUUAUUUUAUGUUUACUUUGAUGUUACAUAAGCAUACAGUAUUCUAAUGCUUUGUUUUAGGAGGUUAUCAGAGGUUCUUCUGCAAGCCAGACACAACUCUGUUGCACAGUGUCUGUUAUAGCAAAGUUUUUGCAAUUUGUCCCGUUAUUACAGUACAAUGAUUAACAAUAGCCUAUGAUUAGUGAAGUUCCUUUCAUUUGAACUAAGAGGCCCAAACAUGUUCCUGUAGAAGAAUUGAAGAGGUUUGCACGAAGCCAUAACCUCAACCCCACUGAACAUCUUUGAGAUGUGAAAUGCUAGUGAAUAUGCUUAUAUUAACAUUUUCUAAAUGAAUACAAUUCUUUUUUACAAUUAUUACAAUAUUAUUGACAAUAUCCAAGUGAACCCUUUACUUUUCUACAUGAAUAUCUUAGUAGUAAAUCUUUUAGCUAAAACCCAGCACAACUUCAGUAGAAGAGAUUACACAUGAUGACAAUCUGUCCUUUUAUACAAAGCAGUCAAUAUGGUCAGUAUCACAAAUGUGCUUAGAUUUACAUAGAAACAUAGAAAUAGUGGAAAAUCUUUAAUGAAUUUCAGUUUUUUGACUUUUUGACUUUGUCACUGAAUUGGCAACUUCCCAUAGCCAUGUUCCAAAAUCUAGUGAAAGCCUUCCCAGAAGAUUAACGUUUAUUAUAGUUAAUGUUUAAUGAAUGUAAUGGACACUUGACCAUAUAAUGUAGUUGCGUAUGAAACUGAUUUUCUAUUAUGUUUAUAUAAUGAGGAUAAUGUUAUUGUGAAGAAAGGGUAAAUUUGCUUGAAUAUUGUUUGGUUUGUUUUCUGUUAUAUUUAAUUGUUGUAUUUGUAUUGUAUUGUAUUAGUGU